AUGACCCACGACGUGAACAUUUCAUCUCGCAACCUCUUCUCGGAUGCUUCUGGUUUUUUUACCGCACCUUAUGGAGAAUACUUUAAGUUCAUGAAGAAACUCAUUGUUACAAAUAUGUUCGGGCCCCAAGCAUUAGAGCAUUCGCGAAGCAUCCGCGCGGAUGAGCUCGAGAGGUCAUACAUGAACCUGGUCGAUAAGGCGAAGAAGAAAGAGAGCGUUGACAUUAAGAAGGAAGCCAUGGAGCUCAUAGGCAACAUCAUUUGCAGGAUGAGCUUCGGAAGGAGGUUUACAGAGGAGAUUGGCGAGGCGGAUAGUGUCCAAGGUUCGGUUAUCAAGUCAAGUGGUACGAAGAAGAAGAUGAUUUUGGAAAUCUUGUUUUUUUUUGAAAUCUUGUUGUUUAGACAGGUAGAGAAGCUUGGAAUUUCAUUAUUCAAGAAGGAUAUAACGGCCGUUUUAAAAAAACUCAACGAGCUGCUAGAGAAGAUUCUGUUGGAACACAAAGAGAAACCAAACAUGAAUGGAUAUAACGAUAUGAUGGACGUGUUGUUAUCAGUUUACGAAGGCGAAAACGCAGAUUACAAGAUCACUAAAAACCACAUCAAGGCAUUUUUCGUGGAGCUUAUUUUUGGAGGCAUUGAUACCAACGUGAUCACAAUACAAUGGACAAUGGCAGAGAUCGUUAACAACCCGAUUAUUAUGGAGAGAUUGAGAGAAGAAAUCGAUUCCGUUGUAGGGAAAUCAAGAUUGAUUCAGGAAACGGAUCUACCAAACCUCCCUUACUUGCAAGCUGUCAUCAAAGAAGGACUAAGAUUGCACCCGCCAGUGCCUCAAAUACUAAGGGAGUUUCAACAAGGAUGUAAGAUAGGAGGGUUCUUUGUACCGGAGAAAACGAAACUUAUAGUUAACCUCUAUGCUGUGAUGAGAGAUCCGGAUUUCUGGGAAGACCCUCUUGAGUUCAAGCCGGAGAGGUUUUUAACUUCUUCAAGAUCAGGGCAAGAAGAGGAGAGAAAUGAGCAAGCAAUGAAGUAUCUUCCUUUUGGUGGCGGUAGGAGAGGAUGUCCUGCAUCAAAACUAAGUUAUAUGGCACUAGGAACAACAAUAGGAAUGAUGGUGCAGUGCUUUGAGUGGAGAAUCAUAGGAGAGAAGGUCAACAUGGAUGACCGGUAUAAAUGUUUCAGCAAAACCAUGGCACAUCCUCUUACGUUGACUCCUGUUACUCGACUAUCAAACCUUGAAUUGAAAAAUUUAGUGAAUUUGCAGACAUAA